AUGAGUGCUCUGUGUACCUGGUGUCCGAUCUGUGCGAAAGAGUCACAGGAUGCCAUUCCAGACCAGCUACAGCAACUUCUGCCUGAGGGCUACUGCCAUAGCCUGUGCACCUUCAAGGAAGUGGAGAGCGGCUUCACCGCCACUGUCAAGCUCAAAUGUACCACCGUAGAGGAGGCAAAGAAGUGGCUAAAGGACUUUCAGGAGUCGUCGAGAGUCACAUUAAGAAUCUGCAAGACCUACAGUGAAGUCAAAAACUACAGGCGCAAUGCCUUCAGAGUUGAUAUGAAAUGCCAGCACAACACCGGGCACAGAAGCUAUACGAAAAGGAACACCUACUGUCCUGCCCAGCUCUACCUGGUGUUGAAGAGGGCCAGAGACGGCAACAACAAGAAGACCAGAUCCACAGACCCUCACAUCCACCAGGGCUUUUUGAUGUUCGUGACCAUCAAGCACCACCACAACCACACCUUGGCCAGCCAAUGGGCCCUGGGGCAGCGGGACGUCUCCAAGGAGACAAUGAAGAAACUGGAGGUCCUGUUCCAGGGUGGCCACUCCCCCUCCUCGGCCCUCACCUUCCUGAAGCAGAGCCUUCAGCUGGAGCACGGAGAUGGAUAUCAGAAGGCCGUUGCGGACAGAGCCUUAUGUCCGGACAUCUACUUCUGCUACCGAUUGUACUACUCGCUCUACAAGAGGGAAUAUUCUGCAGACGCAGAGGCCAAGACGAAAAACCCCCAGGAGAACCAGGAAGAGGAGGCCGUGGUCAAAACAACACAGGUGAGCAGUCAGGAGGCCUAUAACGAUGAACAGCGUGGCGCGUGUGCCCAGAUUGAGUCCAUGGCCGCCGCUGACGAUGGACAUGGGAGCCACAGCCUGGUGGGACCCCACGGUGGAGCUGUGGUGGUCAUCGAUUCAGUCACAGGUACUCAAGAGGAGGCAACGGACAUGACCCAUCUCUUGCUGCCACCACAAGACUCAGGAGAGGAAGCCGAACCGUUUGAAAACGACGAGGAUCUCGAAGAAGAAGGGCAUUUCCAAGGACAUCUCCAAGGUCAUCGUGAAGGUCAUGGAGCCAACUCUUUCCGAAACGAGUUGAAUGUCGCGAAUCUCGAGAGUAGCCUCGCGUCCCUGUGCGACGUCCUCAAGGACAAGCUGCGAAGGGAUCCGAGUGCCCGCGCCUCGAUCACAUCCUUCGUGUCGUCCUUCUGGAAGAUCCAAAACUACGACAAACGGCUCCUUUCAGCCCUUUCUGCCUUCGGGAAACCGAGGAGGAGAAGCACAAGUGCUGCUGCUGCUGCACGUACACAUAACAUCCAAACGCAAAAUCCAAGAUGGAGUCUACCGCUUGCCGCUAAGAUGAAUACGCUACUCCCCACACAACGCACGAGUCCGCUAGGGGGCAGGAAAAGGAAACAUGUCUCCACGGGUCGACCUCGGGGCCGACCUUUAGGGUUGAAGGUCAAGAAGAAGAAGAGUGAAGGUCAACCUAGAGCGCCAGUUCACGACCCCGAGUGUCGCUGUGGCCUCUGCUUGCGCAAUGGUGACACUGAUGGACAGCAUAGCUGAAUGAAUGAAUGAAUGCAUGCAGGAAUGCAUGAAGGGAUGGAUGGAUGGAUGGAUGGAUGUAUGCAUGGAUGGAUGGAUGGAUCAAUGGAUGGAGAGAUGGAAGGAUGGGUGCCAUAUUUUCACUCAACUGUCUUAGUUUAUUUAAUACCUGAAGAGACCAUAGAGGUAGAACAUUAGACUAGAGGUGACAAAGCAAUGCAUGACAGCACUGGGAACAGCACAUGGCGCCUCCCAUCUUGUGUAGGUAGUAUAGGCAAAGCUUCUUUUAAUUCAUAAUGGACUGUCUCUGGUAUAGGCACCUUCAGUCAAUGCA